AACCUUAUAUCAGGGAACUGCUACGAGACAAAAAAUACACUUGCAUUCAGCCUGAGCAGGAACAGUUACCCUGUAUGUAGAAUCGGUCUGCAGCUCUGAGGGGCAUGUUAUCACCCAGUUCUGUGUGGAAAGCUUUCCAGCACCAGUAGAGAUUUUAACAGGAUAAGCCUUCUAAAAAAAUAAACAAAAGAAAUUGACUCAGCUAAGUAAAACCUUUGGAUAAUUCUGCAAACUGAGGGGAAAAAAACUCGGUGAACUAAAUUAAGUUGUUUCUGGACAGAAUAAGCAGGCAUAUGAUUCUGGGUUUGCCUUAACCUUCUACAGCUGGUAGGAAAGGGAAGAAAGCUAAUCUGCAUACAAAACGUUUCUGUUUAUGCUAUUUUUUUCCAGUUUGGGCAGAUGUUCAUCCAAACCUGCAAGAAUCAAUUUCAUUUCUCUACCCAAGGGAAUUAAGAAAGCCCUUUGUGGAAUAAACAUGGACACCUUUUGCCCAAAAAGUUUAUGGAUACCACUCUGCUGAUGUAAAACUGUAUAUCUUCAAGGAAAAGAAGGACCCAGUAAACUGCAAAGAAAAUAUUACUUCAGACUGCGUUUCCUGCAGAGUUUAUAUUUCUUGUACCAGUGCAUAAGCACUUAAUUCUCAUUUCAUCGUCAUAGCUUGCCAUCAAUAACUAAUUUACGCUGCUAUAUCAAAAGUAAGCACUUCUAGGAAAAUACACGGUACAUGAACAAUAUUCAUACUUUGAAUGCUCUUCUGCUCUCAUGUGGAAAAUGUCUUCUUUCCUUGUCAUAAUCUGGACCUUCCUUCUUGCUGUAUUUUUGUUUCUUAUGAAGCCAGUGUGGUGUGAGAAGGAAGACAGAAGGCCCGUGGACUGGAAAACACAAAAGGUACGGGAAAAUGAUGGCAACAAUUUUCAGGAGUUCAACAACUUGGAGACAGGACAUGGCAGUCGGCACAUUGUGGACCCCCAUGACACAUGGAUGCUUUUUGUGAGACACUCAAAUAAGGGAGUGAACAGUAAGAAACAAGGCAAGGGAAAACAAAAAAUAUCACAGCAUGGUCUGCAAGGACCCCCGGGGCCACCAGGACCUCCAGGACCACCAGGGCCUCCGGGAUCGAUUGUCACCCAAGAUGAACUGCUUCAGGAAUUUAGGAUGAUGUUAAAGGAUGUGGUUCAGAAGAAACAGAUGAAGGAUUCUUGUCCAACAUGUGGUAGUGAAGACCAGGAAGAUGACAGUGCUCUGAGUUUAGUGAGCACUCAAACAGAAGAAAUGGGAUUCUUCCAUUGUAUUGAAGCUGCCUUUCACUGUUUUCUGGAAGAGAACAUUUCUGUAGAACGUCGGAGUUUACAGGAACUGAGUGGAUUUCAUAUUCCAGAAAAAGAGGGAGCAUUCCAACGUGGCUCUGGCCUAAAUAUGACCACAGGGCAGUACACGGCACCAGCUACUGGAUUCUACACCUUUACGGCCAGUUUGCAUAUCGAGUACAGAGGUCAGCAAAAGAGAGGACAUCGAGCAAGAGAUCACUUACAUGUUCUUAUAUGCAUCGAAUCACUAUGCCAGCGUAAUGUCUCCCUGAAGACGAUGAUAGGAAUAAGCGGCAGCACUGUCUUCACAGCAUCUGUCACUGGAACACUUUAUCUACAGGCUGGUCAGUAUGUGUCUGUGUUUCUUGAUAAUGGGUCUGGAUCAUGCCUCAGCAUUCAAAAAGGAUCUGUCUUCACAGGAAUUCUCCUAGGAGUGUGAGUACAAUCUGGAUAGGUGCUACUCAGCCAUCUUCUAUAUUCUCAGAAAUACAGGCUCUGGAUGUCCACAGAGGAACAGAAUAUAUAUUGCCUGCCAGUUAUUCCUAAUACACUGUAUUUCCAAGCUUUGAAAAUAAAUAUAUUCAACCAUAUUGAGAAACUUGUGAUGACUGGAGACUCAGGCCAUUAGUAUGAAUAUCAUGACAAUUCAACCUUAGAAGAGUGCAGAGACAACUUCUUAGAGUCACACUCAAUGACUCAAUUAAUCAGUGCAAGGCUCGUCCAUGAAGUUCAAUCCAAAAUCUGAGACCAAUAGAAAGCAAUAACUGCAACUACGUUUAUUCCUGUGUGGUGGGAAUAUGAUACCAGAUGCUUAGCAACAUAUUUAUUUAUUAUUAUUAUUAUUAUUAUUAUUUACUUUAAAAUGUCAUCACCAAAAACAUUAUGUGUGCCAUAUUUUUUUAUUAUUCCAGCAGAUUAAAGAACUGGAAGUAUUUUAUCAUGGAUAUGCAAAUAUAGAACAAAGAACAUCGACAUAAAUGGUAUCCUACAUGUAAAUUUUUUUACCAUUCCUCUGGUAGCUUUCAUAUUGUAUUUGUAUGAUCAUAUCAUGUAUGUCUUCCAUCAGAUAAACAUAAUCCAAGGCUGGUUGCUUCCAACAACACUUAGAGAUAUAUAGAUAUUUUAUUGAUUAAUUUAACUGCAAAAACUGCUUAGCAAAAUACUAAGAGAGACAAAGACAGCUCUUCUGAUGAAACUAAAACUACAAAAAUCUGGUAAGAGCCUUCAAAUUCAUUUCAUAAUGUAUGUUUGUAUUAGCACCACUAUGUGAAACCCUGACCAUCAGUCAAGCAGUGAAUUCAACAAGUUCCUUACUUUUGACUGUCAUGGUUCUAGCAUUUUAGUUGAAGUGCAUAAUGCAUACAAAGGGCAGUAAAUGCAGAAACUUCCAUUUAAAAAGCAGUAAGAUUAACACUAAAGUAAUAACACAUAUACAGGUUGAGUUGAACAGUGUUCACUUUGUGGCUAUGUGCAUAUUAUGUUGGACACAUGGAGGUCCAUGUGCGACAGUUCACAAAAUGUCUUUCCAACUGGUUCCACUUCAGGGCUGUGGACUUCCAGAUUUGCAGCGCAAGCUUCCAACAAUGAAACUGAAAUCUAAUGAGGGCUCAUGUACAGUGGAAACCAGAGAAAGUAGAAGGAAGCAUUAUGCAGCUCACAGCAGAGUAACUCACACCUGAUAAAUGUCUGGUUUAUUGAAAUGAUUAAUGUUUCUCCUUGUGAUACAAGUUCAAAAGCUCAAUGCUCAAACUUUAGUAAAAACAAAGCAAAAAGUGCCAGUGUAAACUGCAUUAUGGAUGGCUUUAAUAUGAAUGUGUAGGACAAUACUUUUGCACUUUAGCCAGUAAGAGUUACACAAUGUACAGUCUUGCCAGAUCUUAGCAAUACUUACAUCAGGUUUAUUCAUAGUACUCUCAGACUUUUUCUCCAAAAUUCUGUGAAAUGUCAGUUGGAAAAUAAUUUAUCAUCAGACACAACCAGUGGAGGAGCAUUACUGAUAAGACCUAAAUUUGUGUGCCAGCAUUCAUUUAACAUUUUUUUUUGUUUCAAAGGAGCACAUAUGCAACCCAAGAUGGGAAGUCAGUGCUCUCUGAUACUGUUGUACAACCUGCAGGAAGGGUGGGUGUGAAGUGAUAUGUUGUCCAAUUCUCUUGUGCAGAACUUUGUCUAGUUCGUGGAAUUGCUCUGUCAUCCUCCAUUGCUGAUCUUCCAUCAUGACAUUUGAUUAGGUACACCACCCUUAGUAGUGCAUUUCAUUCUAAGGACAUAACAUGACAGUUAAAUAAUGUAGCCUAAUUCUGUAAAGGGCUCCUAUUUCUUUGAUAUGUAACUGUUGUUGUCACUGUCUUAUUUUGUGUUAGUUGCUUUCCUGUUGUGUUCUGUAAACUGUCUUUUUCAAUCAAGAACAGUGUGGCAACACAAUUUUUACAAUGUAAGUGGAUAAAAUAAACAUCAUCUAAUGCCAAUA